AUGGCCGACGCCGCUGCGACCGCAGGCACGAAGCUCGACGCUUCAGCCAUUGCCGCGCCGUUUAGCUCCGCCGUGCGGCAAUACAUUGAGCGCGACAUGGGCGGAGUCGGUCCGAAGCUCGUGGGUCUGCUCGCGCACGGCGAUCCUUCUGCCAAGAAGUACGCCGAGUGGACCGGCAAAGCCUGUGCCCGCGACGGCAUUCGCUACGAGCUGCGCGAAGUCCCGAAGGACGAGCUGCUGGCGGCAUUGCAAGUCGCCAACGCAGACGCAGACGUGCACGGCAUCCUGGUGUACUACCCGUGCUUUGGCGCGUUUCCCAGCUUCUUUGGUGGCUCCAUGGACGACUUUCUCCGCGACAGCAUUAGUAUCAAGAAAGACGUGGAAGGACUGGGCCAAUUCUACCGCGGCAACUUGUACCGGAACAUUCGCUACGUGGACGACGAGCAGACGCAAAAGUGCGUGCUGCCCUGCACGCCGCUGGCGAUUGUCAAGAUAUUGGAACACGUUGGCAUCUACGACAAGGCGCGAGCGACCAACUCGGGCAAUCACUUGGCAGGGGUCACCAUUACGGUGAUCAACCGCAGCGACAUUGUUGGUCGCCCCUUGGCGGCCAUGCUGGCCAAUGACGGGGCGGACGUGUUCAGCGCCGACAUUGACUCGCUCUACUUGUUCCGCCGCGGGAAACUCAUUCCGAGCGACGAGACGCCCGAGACAGCGUGCAGAAAGUCCCGUGUCAUCAUCACUGGCGUGCCGGCCAAGAGCUACAAGCUGCCGCUCGAGUGGGUGAGCGAGAACACGGUUGUCAUUAACGUCGCGUCGUUCAAGAACGUGGACGAGGCCGGGCUGCUGAAAAUCAAAGGCGUGCAGUACGUGCCGCUGGUGGGUAAAGUGACGGUGGCGAUGCUCGAGCGCAAUCUUCUACGCCUGUAUGAGAAUUUCCACUGGAAGCCGAGAAAGGUGUGGCAGUAA